CCCGGGCGGUGCUUCUUUGUGCGCCUGUGUUUGCUCGGUCUCUCCAGAAACAGCGCCCCUGGCGGCCUGGAGGGGCGGCGGCCGAGCGCCGUGGGUCGUGAGCGAGGCUGCGGGCGAGGCUCGAGAUCUCCGGUUCGAGACUAGGCUCCGGCGCUUCCCAGUGUCGGGCACAAGUGUUCUUCGCUGUGGGGAUGAGACUAGUCCGUACUUCAAGGAGCUGUUGGCGGUUUAAGGGAGAUGAAUGUGCAAAGGGAUGAGCACCAGCCACACUGGAAGUCACGUGGUGGCUUGUGGGCAAGAAGCCAGAGGUCAACUCGGACUUUGUACACAGGACAGGGCGACAGGGCCCUGCCGGGAAGUGCAGGGCCGAGGUCAGAUGUGCAGGGCCUGUCACCGUCGCUGCUAUCGCCAUGCUGCCCCCCAGGACGGCAUCCCUCCUGACUCUGCUCCUGGCCGUCGGCUCCUUGGGUCAGAGGGUUCAGAGACCCCCUCGGCCCCCGUCCCCCAUCAGCGCCAUCCAGCCCAAGGCCAACUUCGACGCGCAGCGGUUUUCAGGGACCUGGUUCCUUGUGGCCGUGGCUUCUGCGUGCCGCUUCCUGCAGGAGCAGGGCCACCGGGCUGAGGCCAGCACACUGCACGUGACUCCUCAGGGUGCCGCCAUGGCUGUCAGCACCUUGCGGAAGCUGGAUGGGAUCUGCUGGCAGGUGCGGCAGCUCUACGGUGACACGGGGCUCCCAGGUCGCUUUCUGCUCCAAGCCCGAGGCGCCCGAGGGCCGGUGGACGUGGUCGUUGGGGAGACGGACUACCAGGGCUUCGCCAUCCUGUACCUGGAGCGGGCGCGGCAGCUGUCGGUGAAGCUGUACGCCCGCUCGCUCCCUGUGAGCGAAUCAUUCCUGAGUGUGUUUGAGCAGCGGGUCCAGGGUGCCAACCUGACCGAGGACCACAUCCUGUUCUUCCCCAAGUAUGGUUUCUGCGAGGCCGCGGACCAGUUUCACGUCCUGGAUGAGGUGAGGAGGUGAGGCCGGCGGCAGCCCUGCACCAAGCAAGCAGCCAGGGCCCUGGAGGUGCGGCUCUCGCCGCCCCCUUGCUGAGUGGGGGGCUCUCUCCCGUCCGCCCCCGAAGCUGCGCCUCGCCGCCAGGAGCUCGGGGCGCUGCCUUCAUUAAACGCUGUCAGUCUCAGCUCCUGGAU